AUGAGUCUCUGCGACGAUUGCUUCAAAGGUGUCCGUCACGAGGGAGAGCCGACGGGAAAGAUAGAGCAAAUUGGGGGCGUCGAGUGCUAUGUAGCGACCCCGGAAGGCAAUUACUCGAAGGACAAAGUCCUGCUCUUCCUCACAGACGUCUUUGGCAUCCCGCUCGUCAAUAACAAGCUCCUCGCGGGUGACUUUGCCCGCAACGGCAUCAAGGUGGACGCAUUGACCUCUCCCACGUUCGACAGGGUCAAGUGGUUCUCGGGCCAUGGCGUCGAGACCUGGCAGAUCCCCGCCGACUUGGAGGUGAGUAUAUGCCGUCUCGUCUCGCUGCUGGUGGCACUGACGCGACAAAAGAAAUACCGCGAUACAUUCAAGGCGCCCCUCUUGAUCAACAGCUGCGAGGUGGACACUCAGCUCCCGAAGGAAUCGCAGGUCGUCGCUGACGAGCUUCUCGGAAGCGGCAAGUUCGCACCCGGGUACGAGAGAACGUACUGGGAUGGCUGCACGCACGGCUUCGCUGUGCGUGGGGAUAUGAGCAACCCAAAAGUGAAGGCUGGUAUGGACGGUGCGUUCAAGGCAACGGUCGAUUUCGUAAAGAAGUACCUGUGA